CGCAGAUCCAGUCUUUAUUUCAGUGCCCCGUAUCUGCUCAGCCCAGAUCAAUCAAUCUCUUCAUGCGCGGUUAAGGCUUUUUCCCCGUCACCAUGCCUCUGGCCAAAGACUUACUGCACCCCUCUCUUGAGGAAGAGAAAAGACAGCAUAAGAAAAAACGACUGGUGCAGAGCCCCAAUUCCUACUUCAUGGAUGUGAAAUGUCCAGGUUGCUAUAAGAUCACUACUGUGUUCAGUCAUGCCCAGACAGUGGUCCUGUGUGUUGGCUGCUCAACAGUCCUGUGUCAGCCUACAGGAGGGAAAGCCAGGCUCACAGAGGGUUGUUCUUUCAGAAGAAAGCAGCAUUAAAAAGGAUGAAGAUGGAACUGUAAUGUACAGAAAAGUAAUGUUUCAGAUCAGUGAUCAAUGCCUUAUAAACUAUUCAUUGAUUCCAAUGGAUGCAAAUUAAUAUGUAAUUGUGUAUUUGAAAGAUACAUGGCAGGUUGUUUCUGUUAUGUGAUCUAUUCAGUUUUCCGAAUAAAGCCCUACAUAUCUGCAACAAA